AUGUCCAGCGCAAUCCGAUUGAAUAGAAUUUAUGAUUUUAUCGACGCUGGCAGGUUCAACGACGCAAUCUCCCAGUGCUGCCAACUCCUCAACUCCAACUCCACGUCCCCCCACUCCGAUCUCGUUAAAUCCCUACUCGCCUUCUCCUACUCCAGAUCUGGCAACGCCCACGCAGCUAGAAAGAUAGCGCUUGGUUUGGCAUCCACCACGCCAUCCACCGCCGACACGCUCGCUGCGCUCAAUCUCACCCUCAGUGAUCUCGGCGAGUACGACGUGCUAGCGGGGGUAUAUCGGGAGCUAUGGCAGCGUAAUGGGAGUGCUUACGAUAAGCAAGCCAAACUGGCUCUCACCAACUACGUAAAAGCGUUCAACUGGCGGGCUGUACAGGCAACCUGCCUGCGUCUCUCUAAGCACGACCGCAAGUAUGAGUGGUGGGCGGUAGCGGCGUUGCUCAUGCAGGCUGUGUCUGCGGACGUCGAUAAAGAAAAAGAUACAGAGAAGGGUAUUGCUCUUGCACUCGCUUUGCGCAUCGCCCACUCACUCCACCCGUCCUCCGCUCAACAGGCCCAUCUACUCACGCGGCUCUACUCACAUGCUGGCGAUCUGGAGAAGGCCGCGCGCGUGCUGGAUGAGUGCCACGCGUAUGUUAACACCUCUCUCGCGCUGCAAGAGCUCCAGUGGGAUGUCCUCGCUGAGCUACACCGCACAACAUCCAUUCGGGAUAAAGCUCAUUCCCUCCUACGUGCUGGAUCGCAUAACUACGCUCAUCACUCCGCUUACCUCUCCACUAUACAAUGUGGACAGCGUGAGGAUGUCGACCACGCCAUCGAGCUCUUCCAUUCUCUCUCACUGCAAGAUCCCAAGGAACGCGGCCACUUGAUCGCCCUAAUGGAGGUGUCUAGGCGGUGUCACAGUGAUGAGGGUGCACCACAGUUGAUAAAACUGAUAGAGAGGUACUGGCAGCAGUACAAAAGCAAGCCUGUCUGUCACGACGAUUUGGCGGUAUUUCUCGCGCAUCUGCACGGCCAGCAGGUGGAUCUAGGUGGGUUGCGGGGAUUGUUCAGCGCAGCGCUACACGACGACGACGAGCAACUUGACGUGCGCAUCAACGCAGCCAAACUGAGUCGCAGUCUGGCCAUAACCACCAGUAUAAGCGAGGAUGUAGACUUUGCCGCCUACUACGCCCGCCUCUAUGCGCACUACCAGCCAGCGAGUGCGGGAGUGCCAUCAACAGAUAUCCACCCAGCCGACGAUCUCGGUGUGCUUAGUGUGCUGUGUCAUGUAAGCGCAUACCACAAAUCCAAACCAACUGAUACAGCACACCUUCAUGCCGCCGUUGCAUUCAUCGAAUGGGCACUACAGGGGAAUGUACGCAGCUACAAACUGAAAAUACUGUACAUAGCGCUUUGUCGUAUCCUCGCUCAACCAGGUGGCGUGUGGAGGGGUGCGAGCGCUCUUCGCAUACAAAGUGUUCAGAAUGACACCCUGUCGGCGUAUGCCUGCGCUCAGAUAUCUGCGCUCAGUUGCUCACGUGACGACGUCGCGGGCGUCCUCCCUAGCACUACUUCUCCACGCUGCGUGUGGAACCAGUCGGCGCGCGAGUCAGCUGAAAUGAUGGGCAGACUGUUCGAAAAAGGUGCAUGGAGCCAUCUCGAAGACUUUGCGGCUUUCCGGGACAGACUCGCUAGUAGUCUUAACAAAUGGCUGCUCUGGUUCGAGGAUGUCAGGAUUAGGUUGGGGGAGGUGGAUAGAGUAGGCACGGAGGAGAUGGAGGCUUGGGUGGUAUCUCUACAGCAGUUAAAGACUGUGGGGGUUGACAGGCUCGUCGAUAAUAGAGACUCCUCCCUCCUGCCCUCCCACUCCCCUCUCGAUGAGCCACACGCCGGCGUGCAGCUACACGUCCUCACGAACCAAGACGCUGCUUGGCUCAGCGCCUACUGCGAUAUGUACGCUCGCUUCUUAAAUGCCGCUUUGGGCAGGCAGGCGGUGCAGGUGGAAACUGGGAGUGGGAAUGAGACGCAGACGCAGACCCAAGACACGGACAACCUUACCGCGCCCGAGAGAGUACUCAGCGAUAUGUCGCACCUAGCGCACGCAUACCACUGUCAGGGCUCAGAUGCGGAAAAGGCUCCCGUAGCACAGCGCCUUCUGGACACAUACACGCUGUUCGGCGAGCUCCUCAACGCCGCCACGCUGCCUAUCGAACAGGCACAUUGCGUUAAGGUCGCCAUAGAGGCCUGGUCACUCAUCCUCCUCGCCAUCCCCGCCCCUUCGAAGAAAAAAAAAACUAAAAGCCCCUCAUAUCCCCUCUACAACGGCGUAGGGGUGUGUCUCGCUAACAUGGUCAAAGGCUGGCAGAGCAGUGUCGGCAGCGGCGGGGGUGUCGAUCACUCCCUUUUCGCUCGCUUGCACGAUCUCGUCUUGCAGAAAAUCGAUUACAAGAAUAUGUAA